AUGGCUGAACCAAUGUCAUCUAAUAUGCGAGAUAAUGGGGUUGAUGCAGUUUCGGAAGUGAAUCCAACGAAGCUGUCUUGGUCUCUGGUGGUUGGAGUUGUUAGGCUGUAUGAGAUGCAAAACCAGUGGAACCCGGCUGAGGUUUACAGUGUGGAAAUGGUGUUGCAAGAUGAACGGGGUGAUCGAAUCCAUUGCAGCAUACCAAAACAAAAUAUUGCUGUCUUCAAGACUCUUAUUCGGGAACAUGAGCUUUAUUCCAUGAAGAAUUUCAUUGUGAAGGGUUGGGGGAAAGGGAUUAGGACCUGUGAUCACAAGUACAAGUUAAACUUUUAUAUCAAGACGUCAGUAUCACGGCUAACAACUGGGACAUUUCCCUUUAAUCCCUUCCGUUUUGUAUCUUAUGAAGAGGUUCAGGCCAUGCCUGCUGGGAAUGAAAAUCAUCUCAUAGACUAUAUUGGCCAUGUUGUAGGUAAAGAGGAUGUAACAAAUAUGGUGACAAAAUCAGGAAGGGAGUGUAAACUUCUAGGAGUCUAUUUGGAGGAUCUGCAGAAGAAUCGGUUGAAGUGUACUCUGUUUGGUGACUUGGUUAGCAAAGUUGAAAAAAUUUUAGAUAAAGCUGAUGGUCAGCCCUUGGUGAUGGUGACUCAAUUGUUCAAACCUCAUUUGUAUUUGAAUGAAGUCAACAUUCAAAAUAGUUUUCAUGUGUCUCAGAUUUAUAUUAAUCCUGACUUCCCUGAUGUUGCUAUAUUUAGAGAUAGCUUGACAAAGGAAGGAGAUCUAUGCUCACAAGGGAUCACUCACAUUCAAAGUCAGCCACCACAAUCUGUGUCCGAUGAAAUCAACGGGGACUCUAUUAAGUCAGUUGAGGAAAUUCUGAACAUGAGGGAGGAAUCUACAUGUUGGGUGGUUGGCACUAUAGUUUCUAUUGAGCAUGGUGUUCGAGAUUGGUGUUAUGCUUCAUGUGGAUUCUGUCCCAGGAAAGUUCAAGUUAAUAAAGAUAGGUAUCGUCUUAAUACUAUUAUAACCGAUGGAACUGGGUGUAUAAGGAUAAUCAUUUGGAAUUAUGAGGCUCGGGUCAUGAUUGGUAAAACUGCAAAUGAAAUAAUGGAUGGGAGUAAAGAUGAUCAUGAUGAAACCUAUCCUAAAGCUCUAAAUGAUAUACUUGAGAAAAAGUUCCUUUUCAAAUUAUCGGUGACAUCAAAAAAUAUUAACUGUGUGGAAACUGUCUACACUGUCCUCAAGAUAAGCGAUGAUGAAUCUAUCAUAGGACUUCAUAGCUCUCAGUCGUCUUCCAUGGAUACUCCUGGUGUUGAUGAAUUGAUUCUAAGCAGUUUGGCUACAGGUGGUCAAAUUGGAAUAGAUUCUGGUGUCAACAGUGCAUCUGUUGUAUGUUUAUCAAAGGAUAGUGGUACAGAAAGCAAUGAUGAGAGCGGUCAGCAAACUCCUGGAAAGGUGGUAACACAUGAUGUUGCAUCUAAUUCUGAUAUUCCAUACAUCUCUCCUCCUGAAGUGCAAGGUUCCAGUAACAAAAUUUUUAGACGAGGUGGUGCAAAAAGGAAAAUGGAGUAA